GCUGCCAACGAGGCAGUCAACAAGGCAGCAAACGAGGCAGCAAACGAGGUAAACACCGAGGCAGCCAACCAUGCAGCCAGCGAGGCAGCCAACAAGGCAGCAAACGAGGCAAGCGACGAGGCAGCCACCCAGGCAGCAGACGAGGCAGCAACCGAUGCGAACAACGAGGCGGCCGACCCCACAGCAGAUUCGGCAGCCAGCGGGGCAAUGCAGGGGGUGGCGGUGCCAGCCAUGCCCGGGGCGCCGAUGACCGCGGAGGAGAUUCGCUUGGCCCAGGAGUGGUACACCAACGGCGACAUGGAGCCCAGCGACAUCGCGGCGAAUCUGCAGCGCGACAAGUCCUCCAUCACCCGCCUCAUCAAGGACAACUUCCUGAAGAAGACCACUGGCCGUAAGAAUGUCCUCAGCGAGGCGGAGUACCCGGCGCUCAAGGCGGAGUACCCGGGGACGAAGCGCUUCCGCGUCCUCGAGGACAACGACCCGUCCGGCUUCAAGGCCAGCAAGGGCGUCGCCGCCAAGCAGCGCGCCGGCAUCCAGGCGUUCGAGAUCCCUGCCCACAGUCCGCAGCUGAACGUGCGCGACUACUGGCUGUGGCGGGAGGUGAACUCGCGCAUGCGCGCGCGGGAGCGCGCGUUCCCCGCGGGCAAGCGCGAGACCCGCGCCGCUUUCAUCCGGCGCCUCAAGCGCACGGCCAAGAGCAUUCCCUCGGACAUGGUGAGCAAGAGCAUCGGGGGCAUGAAGAAGCGGUGCCAGCGACUGGUGGCGGCCGAGGGCGGCCAGAUCGAGGGUCGCCGGCGGGUCGCCCAGGGCAGGGCUCUGCUCCGGGGGGUCGAGCUCGCGGCCGUCAGCGUCAAGGCCUUCCGGCACAGGUUGGCGGCCCACUUGGGUUUGCAGCCUGACGGCUUGGACGACAGGCGGGAGGAGGUCGGAGAGAUCCUCCGCGCCGCAGUGCAAGCGUUGCACCCGGAGGGCGCACAGGCCGCGGCGGCCGCCGGCCCCGUUGGCCCAGAUUGGGACGCCCCAGAGAACGCGAAGGUUCGGCAGUGGGUCUACUUGGUGACCUUCGCGCCGACGCUCCCAGGGACCGCCGAGGCCGCGGCCGCCGUCGGCGGACCCGCCCUCAGGACCUUAGACGAAGUCUCGCGAGAGCAGAUCCGGGACGCCAUCCUGGACGCCGUGACCAACCCUGUGCAGUCGACCAGGGGCGGCAGGCCCCUCAACGAGCCCGUCGGCGUCGAGUCGAUGGUGGUGUUCCUCGAGGAGCCGCGCCACUUCCACGUGGCCCUGCGCUUGACUAACAAGGCGUCGUUCUUGCCCUUUAAGCUGGCCCUGCGAGCCCGCUCCGCGUUGGCGUCGCACUGGAGCGCCACGCACACCAUGUUCUGGAGCGCUGUUCGGUACGGGGUUUUUACGACGCCCCGAAAGCUCCAGGUCGACGACGAGCCGUUGCCCUGGUCACGCCAGGGCACCUCCCUGAACCUGUACGAAGCCAGCCAGGAACCCUUCAACGCCAAGGCCCUCAAGAGACGGCGGGAGGAGGCCGAGAAGCAGGCCGCCAAGGUGGCCGAGGAGACGGGGUCGAAGAAGGAGCGGGUCAGGUUCACGAAUGUCGACUUCAAGGCGCUGGUCAUCAGCGAGGGUCUGUGGACCAAGAGCGCCGUGUUGGCGCACGUGCAGGAGAACGGCAGUGCGGAGAUCCAGCGCUGGGUGGGAGCUAGGCAGGGGCAGCUGGUUACUCUGCUCGCGGAGGCGAGGGAGUGGGGCGACGCCCCCCGGGCCGCGGCAGAGGAACGCCAGAGCGACUGGGAGGUCAUCUGCCGCGUGGCCCGCGAGUCGUGCAAUUUCGCGGACGGCCGUUGCUUCUGGCAGGUGGCGGCGCGGACCUUCUUCGUCCGGAACACGAUGGCCCCCGAGGGCCACACGAUGUUGGACCCCAUCGGCGUAGUAUUCGGGAAGACGCACGUGCUCCACAAGCCUGCCGUUGGCGCGAGCAUGCCGUUGGCUUACAUGACAAAGCCGGGCAAGAGGUUCAUGCAUCUGGGCGAGUUCUCCUGCGUGGAGCAUGCCUCCUUGCCGACUGGUCGGCCCGCGCCCCCCGUUUCAACGCAGUUGAAGCUGUUCAGUGGGCAGCGCAUGGAAGUGCAGGUGUCGCAGCGGUUCCACGAUGGGAACCCUGGCGCGUGCUGGCCCCGGGGGAUGGCGGCGACGUCGAAGUUGAAGGGCUUGUGGACGCCGCGCGGCGGUGCGAUCGCCGAGGAGGGGCUCUUGGCCCUGACGCGCCGCGUCUCCAUCCCCGAUGACGUGGCGAACGCCUUGCACGACGAUGCCCUGGCCGUGGGGGCGGCCAGUGUCUCGGAGUUAACGGCGGACGAUUGGGCGGCCUUGCCGUCGUGGGCGAGUUUGCUGCCCUUUUCAACAGAGACGGGUGCUGUCCGCGAGUGCCGCGCCGCCGCUGCCACAAUUGAGGAGCGCCAGAGCGACUGGGAGGUCAUCUGCCGCGUGGCCGGCGAGCCGUGCAAGUGCGCGGACGGCCGCUGCCUCUGGCAGGAGGCGGCUCGGUCCUUCUUCGUCCGGAACACGAUGGUCUCCGAGGGCCAGCUGGCGCAUUGUCUGGCGAAGGUGAUCACCGAGGGGCCCAGCAAGACGGCGCGGGUGCCCCUGAUCGCCGGGGCCAGCAACACUGGCAAAAGCACGAUGUUGGACCCCAUCGACGUCGUAUUCGGGAAGACGCACGUGCUCCACAAGCCGGCCGUUGGCGCGAACAUGCCGUUGGCUAACAUGACGAAGCCGGGCAAGAGGUUCAUGUACCUGGACGAGUUCUCUCGCGCGGAGUAUGCCUCCUUGCCGACCGGUCGGCCCGCGCUCCCGGUUUCAACGCAGUUGAAGUUGUUCAGUGGGCAGUGCAUGGAAGUGCAGGUGUCGCAGCGGUUCCACGAUGGGAACCCUGACGCGUGCUGGGCCCGGGGGGUGGCGGCGACGUCGAAGUUGAAGGGCUUGUGGACGCCGCGCGGCGGUGUGAGCGCCGAGGACAUUGCUCACUUGCAGAACGGGUUCGAGCAGUUCACGGCCGACGGCGUGCCCUUGACCAAGGCGCAGCUGCGCACCGUGCCGCCCUGCCGGGAGAACUGGUGCAAGUGGCUCGACGCCACCGCCACGGCGUUCGCCAAUGGGGCGCCGGCCGCCCCGCCGCAGCCCCCGCCGCAGCUCCGCCCCGCGGGCGGCGGCGCCGCGGCCGUCGGGGUGGAGGGGCUCUUGGCCCUGACGCGCCGCGUCUCCAUCCCCGAUGACGUGGCGAACGCCUUGCACGACGAUGCCCUGGCCGUGGGGGCGGCCAGUGUCUCGGAGUUAACGGCGGACGAUUGGGCGUCCUUGCCGUCGUGGGCGAGUUUGCUGCCCUUUUCAACAGAGACGGGUGCUGUCCGCGAGUGCCGCGCCGCCGCUGCCACAAUUGAGGCUGCCAACGAGGCAGUCAACAAGGCAGCAAACGAGGCAGCAAACGAGGUAAACACCGAGGCAGCCAACCAUGCAGCCAGCGAGGCAGCCAACAAGGCAGCAAACGAGGCAAGCGACGAGGCAGCCACCCAGGCAGCAGACGAGGCAGCAACCGAUGCGAACAACGAGGCGGCCGACCCCACAGCAGAUUCGGCAGCCAGCGGGGCAAUGCAGGGGGUGGCGGUGCCAGCCAUGCCCGGGGCGCCGAUGACCGCGGAGGAGAUUCGCUUGGCCCAGGAGUGGUACACCAACGGCGACAUGGAGCCCAGCGACAUCGCGGCGAAUCUGCAGCGCGACAAGUCCUCCAUCACCCGCCUCAUCAAGGACAACUUCCUGAAGAAGACCACUGGCCGUAAGAAUGUCCUCAGCGAGGCGGAGUACCCGGCGCUCAAGGCGGAGUACCCGGGGACGAAGCGCUUCCGCGUCCUCGAGGACAACGACCCGUCCGGCUUCAAGGCCAGCAAGGGCGUCGCCGCCAAGCAGCGCGCCGGCAUCCAGGCGUUCGAGAUCCCUGCCCACAGUCCGCAGCUGAACGUGCGCGACUACUGGCUGUGGCGGGAGGUGAACUCGCGCAUGCGCGCGCGGGAGCGCGCGUUCCCCGCGGGCAAGCGCGAGACCCGCGCCGCUUUCAUCCGGCGCCUCAAGCGCACGGCCAAGAGCAUUCCCUCGGACAUGGUGAGCAAGAGCAUCGGGGGCAUGAAGAAGCGGUGCCAGCGACUGGUGGCGGCCGAGGGCGGCCAGAUCGAGGGUCGCCGGCGGGUCGCCCAGGGCAGGGCUCUGCUCCGGGGGGUCGAGCUCGCGGCCGUCAGCGUCAAGGCCUUCCGGCACAGGUUGGCGGCCCACUUGGGUUUGCAGCCUGACGGCUUGGACGACAGGCGGGAGGAGGUCGGAGAGAUCCUCCGCGCCGCAGUGCAAGCGUUGCACCCGGAGGGCGCACAGGCCGCGGCGGCCGCCGGCCCCGUUGGCCCAGAUUGGGACGCCCCAGAGAACGCGAAGGUUCGGCAGUGGGUCUACUUGGUGACCUUCGCGCCGACGCUCCCAGGGACCGCCGAGGCCGCGGCCGCCGUCGGCGGACCCGCCCUCAGGACCUUAGACGAAGUCUCGCGAGAGCAGAUCCGGGACGCCAUCCUGGACGCCGUGACCAACCCUGUGCAGUCGACCAGGGGCGGCAGGCCCCUCAACGAGCCCGUCGGCGUCGAGUCGAUGGUGGUGUUCCUCGAGGAGCCGCGCCACUUCCACGUGGCCCUGCGCUUGACUAACAAGGCGUCGUUCUUGCCCUUUAAGCUGGCCCUGCGAGCCCGCUCCGCGUUGGCGUCGCACUGGAGCGCCACGCACACCAUGUUCUGGAGCGCUGUUCGGUACGGGGUUUUUACGACGCCCCGAAAGCUCCAGGUCGACGACGAGCCGUUGCCCUGGUCACGCCAGGGCACCUCCCUGAACCUGUACGAAGCCAGCCAGGAACCCUUCAACGCCAAGGCCCUCAAGAGACGGCGGGAGGAGGCCGAGAAGCAGGCCGCCAAGGUGGCCGAGGAGACGGGGUCGAAGAAGGAGCGGGUCAGGUUCACGAAUGUCGACUUCAAGGCGCUGGUCAUCAGCGAGGGUCUGUGGACCAAGAGCGCCGUGUUGGCGCACGUGCAGGAGAACGGCAGUGCGGAGAUCCAGCGCUGGGUGGGAGCUAGGGCUUCCGAGGCGUCUCCAGGGGCCCCGAGGAUCGGGGCUCCCGGACUCCCGGCGGCGGUGCGCUCCCGCCCCCGAAGGCAGGGGCAGCUGGUCACUCUGCUCGCGGAGGAGCGCCAGAGCGACUGGGAGGUCAUCUGCCGCGUGGCCGGCGAGCCGUGCAAGUGCGCGGACGGCCGCUGCCUCUGGCAGGAGGCGGCUCGGUCCUUCUUCGUCCGGAACACGAUGGUCUCCGAGGGCCAGCUGGCGCAUUGUCUGGCGAAGGUGAUCACCGAGGGGCCCAGCAAGACGGCGCGGGUGCCCCUGAUCGCCGGGGCCAGCAACACUGGCAAAAGCACGAUGUUGGACCCCAUCGACGUCGUAUUCGGGAAGACGCACGUGCUCCACAAGCCGGCCGUUGGCGCGAACAUGCCGUUGGCUAACAUGACGAAGCCGGGCAAGAGGUUCAUGUACCUGGACGAGUUCUCUUGCGCGGAGUAUGCCUCCUUGCCGACCGGUCGGCCCGCGCUCCCGGUUUCAACGCAGUUGAAGUUGUUCAGUGGGCAGUGCAUGGAAGUGCAGGUGUCGCAGCGGUUCCACGAUGGGAACCCUGACGCGUGCUGGGCCCGGGGGGUGGCGGUGACGUCGAAGUUGAAGGGCUUGUGGACGCCGCGCGGCGGUGUGAGCGCCGAGGACAUCGCUCACUUGCAGAACGGGUUCGAGCAGUUCACGGCCGACGGCGUGCCCUUGACCAAGGCGCAGCUGCGCACCGUGCCGCCCUGCCGGGAGAACUGGUGCAAGUGGCUCGUCGCCACCGCCACGGCGUUCGCCAAGGGGGCGCCGGCCGCCCCGCCGCAGCCCCCGCCGCAGCUCCGCCCCGCGGGCGGCGGCGCCGCGGCCGUCGGGGUGGAGGGGCUCUUGGCCCUGACGCGCCGCGUCUCCAUCCCCGAUGACGUGGCGAACGCCUUGCACGACGAUGCCCUGGCCGUGGGGGCGGCCAGUGUCUCGGAGUUAACGGCGGACGAUUGGGCGGCCUUGCCGUCGUGGGCGAGUUUGCUGCCCUUUUCAACAGAGACGGGUGCUGUCCGCGAGUGCCGCGCCGCCGCUGCCACAAUUGAGGUGUUAGACACCUUUUACUUUGCAGAAGUUAAAUAG